GAUGCAGCUUUAGAUCCUUUACUUCUUCUCCAGGUAUCACCAGGGUUGAAGUGGUGUGUUGACGUGCUCUGCAUAGGACUAACUGAAAGACAACACAAAGAAAGACAUCAAGCAGACAUUCAAAAUGCUGGUGACAAUGCUUACAGCCAUUUACAUGAUGGUGAGAGUGGCUGAACAGUUGGGCAUUCGGUGGGUGCGUCAGCCAGAGCCUCUGCCAUACAUGGUGUCUCAGCCCCUGCCAUGGCAGGUCCACUAUGUUUCCCAGAGCCGAAGAGGAAGUCGUACAGAGGAGUACGAGGGCCAGAGAAGGAACAGCCUAGGAGUUUACAGAAAGAACUCUUCAUCCAGUAAUGGAAACUCUGCUUCAGCAAAGUCUUCCGCUCCAGACAAGGCAGCAUCUACUAUUCAGAGCCAGUACAGGAAGUACCAGCAGAAGAAACAGAAAGAUCACAAAUGAAAUGUCAAGUAGACUAUGGUCAACUGUUGACUUUUGAAGUAUCACUUUUGCACUAAUCACGACCCUGUAUUUACCUCUCUGAACCCAAACCUCGGCAACUGUGCACGUGCAAACCUGGUCUGGUUUCAGUGUUUAAGAGCAGUUUCAGUGAGCGAUUGUCACGUAUUCUGAUAUACAGAUUGCUGGCACCUGCACGAACACACACUCUCAUACAAUGAUAAACAUUUUACAGCAUUUACUGAUAACUGACACCACAGAGGCACACAAACACUUAUAGAUUGGAAGAUAUGAAGAUAAUUGAGUGUGUUAUGCACACAACACAGUGCACAAACAUAAUUUGAAAAAUACACAUCUGUCAUUUGAAAGAGAGGUGUGUAUUUUUCAAUUAAAAAUGUAUUGCUAAAGUAAUUGUGAGUGCUUUAUAUAAAUUGCCAUGCCAAUGUAUACUCACAUAAACAAAAACGUUUCAUAAAGUCCAAGUUUUCCUCUAAGGUGUAGUGUCAUUCUUCCCUCUACUGGUGAACUAGUGGAAGGGAUGCAAAGGAAAAAGUCUUACACCAUAUCAUACCAUACCAUAUCACAUUGAAUAUAUACAUAUAUAUGUAAAUUAUAAAUAUUUACAGAGUUAUUCAUUUUGAUUAUACAGUAUAAAACAAAAUAUGUGACUCUGAUUUCAUGGAACUUUAGGCUCAGGCACACAGACAGACAAUUAUUUUGUACUUUUUAGAAUUUGUAAUAUCAUUAAUUGGAUGGAUGGAUUGAUGGAUAGAUAGAGUGCAUCUAUUGGAAAG